GAAACCCGGCGGACUGUUUAGAAUCGGCGCAAUUAUAAGUCUACUUAUGCAAUAUUGCAUAAACUGAUAAAAUAGUAGCCCUCUACAAUCAUCGAACCUGUACUUCGUGGCCACUAGUGAAAAUUGCUAAUUUCAAAAAUGAUGUCCCUGCUUUCAAAGCGUUUGUUCGCAUCGAUACCGAAGAUUAGCUAUCACCGAAGGCUGGCAUCAUCCGGUACAGUAGACAGCCAGGUUCAACUAAGCGAUUCCUGCAUAAAUCGAUUGAAGGAAAUCUGCCAAAAUGGUGCGUUCCUUCGGGUGUCCGUUGAAGGUGGAGGUUGUUCUGGAUUUCAGUACAAAUUUUCCAUUGAUAAGCAACUUGGCGACGAUGAUACCGUGCUAGGUGAUGGCGUAGCCCGUGUGGCCAUAGAUAGUGCCUCUGCCGAGUACCUUAGCGGAUCCACAAUCGACUACCACACGGAACUUAUACGCUCCGGUUUCCGCGUUAUCAACAAUCCAAAGGCGGAACAGGGCUGCUCCUGCGGAGCGUCCUUUGCAGUAAAACUUGAUUAAUGGUCGAAAGAUCGGCUGUGUUGGGCGUGUAGGGCAACAAUGCUUGACUAAAACGCUUUCUGUAGAAAUGAUAUAAACAUGUUCCAUAUUUAUUACAGUUGAA